AUGGAGGCGCAAGGCACGAUCGGGUCCCUGAUCAAACGCCGCGUCAAGGCGACCACGACAUGCCUCGCCUUCUUUCCACAACAGACGACGACGACCAACGAGCCGAGCCGGGGCGGCGAGCCCGGGUUCGUGCUGCGCCUGACGUGCCAUGUGACCGUGUACAUCAGCGCCGGCAACGGGCGAAAGGUGGAGUGGGUGUACCCCUGCGGGGCCGGCGGCGCCGGCGCCGAAGCGAGCUGCCUCGCCGUCCCGGACGGCGUCCGCGACGCGCUCCGCGGCAUGCCGAGGUCGAUCCGGGCGCUGCAGGACCUGAGCCUCAGCGACGGCGAGUGGGAGUCCAUCGUGCCCGAGGACGUGGUACCCGACCUCGCGGACCCGCAGGCGCGGGCCCGACACGGCGCCGCCGAGGUCGACCUGGCCGUGGUCCAGCACAUCCGCUACAACGCGGCCCGGGUGCUCAUGACUGGGUGCAAGAAGAUCGGCGAUGAUGGUGUGGCGGAAGAGGGCGGCGUCGACGUCGAGUGCAGCAUCUGCUUCGACGCGCUGCUGCGCGGGGAGGCCGUGGAGCUGCCGGGGUGUGCGCACGCCUUCCACCGCCGGUGCAUCUCCAGGUGGUUCCGCCGGAAUCCGACGUGCCCGCUGUGCCGAGGCGACGUGGUGAACCAUCUGGACCCCGAGCUGCAGAAGCAGAUCGCCGAGUUCACCGACGCCAGGUGA